AUGGAGAGGGAGAGAGAUAGCGGAGGAGGAGAAGAAGGGUUGAAGAGAUUGGCGAGAGCGAUUGAGAGGUUCGGGGAGGUGUAUCAGAGAGUGGAGGCCGAGAAGUUAAGGCAGAUGGUGGAGUUGGAGAAGCAGAGGAUGCAAUUCGCCAAUGAUUUGGAGGUGCAGAGGAUGAAUAUGUUCAUGGACACCCAGCGGAGCAACCACGGCAAGCGAUCGGCCUCUAAUGGUUACAGUCCAUAUACCAUGAAGAGGGCAUUUCCAUGGGAUGAGCAGGUUGAUGUUAUAUCAUCAGAUGACUCUUCUUCCUCAGACAUGGAGAUGGAAACCAAUAUUGAGUCUGAUAGCAAGCAGUUAACCAAUAAUACCACAUCUGAUCAACCUGCCAAAGAAAGAACAUCUGAAGGUGCUUUGGCGCGAAGGGCAGAGAUGUAUCAGGAGUACAUGAAGCAGAUCCCGAUCCCGGCGCACCGUGGCUCUGUUAUUCCAUUUACCUCAUGGAUGGGGUUAGGCAAAUCCAUUAAGCAGUUAUAUGGACAACCUUUGCAUUACCUCACCAAUAUUCUCCUAAAACAGUGGGACCAAUUGAGGAUGGGCAGUGAGGAAGAGUACAGGCCCUUGGAUACCAUAAUUCAUCCGUGUAAAGCCGAAGCCACCAUCUGGCUCAUGGAAGAAGUCCACCGGCACACCUCAUCUCAUUAUCAUAUAGCCACUCUCUGGCUAUCAGAUCCGAUGCACCAUGCCUUUGUGGAUUCCAUCUUUCCGCAGUUAAGAAGCAAAUCAUGA